AAAAGUGCCCUACUGCCAAUCUACGCGUGAUGGGCUUGAGCAAUUUUUAUGCGCGGCAUUGAAAGGAUUUCAAACAAAGCACAAUAGCAGUCGCUGUAUGGCUGAAGUACGACUCGCCACGUACAGUUGUGCAGUCUGCGGUUGGAGUAGGCCUUAGAAAUUCAGUUAGCAAGUACGAGUCAAACAGGGCAGAGGGCAACGUUAUUUUUGGUCUCUAAAUCCAAAAAUCAACACGCUUGUUCCGUGUGCAACGAAGCAAGCGAAACAACACCAAACCGCACCCAAGGUCCUUCGGGCCAAAACCUGAACCAUGCCCAUACAUUGGGACUGGGAUUGGGAACACGAGCAUGAGCAUGGAGGCGCUCAUUAUCACUGGCCACCCCGUCGACAUUGGACGUCGGGAGAGCCCAAGUGUCGUCAACGCCGGUACUAUCUGUCGCACGAGCUAGACGUAUGUGCUAGAGACUUCCACUUACGAGUGGACGAUAGCGCCUGGUGUCAUGGGUCUUGUCUGGUAGGACGCGUGGUUAUAGAGACGGGAACGGAGCCAGACUCUUUGGGCCGUGGAACCUUCAAGGUAGUUCUAGACGUUCAUCAUUUCCAGAUUUCAGAGCUGAAUGUCAAGGCGAGCAACAGUGACACAAUUUGUGUGGAGGGCAAGCAGUCAGAUGAUCGCGCGGACAAAGGCCAGCUAUGUAUUACCCGCGAAUUCUCCCGUACCUACAAGCUCCCGAGGCACUACGAUGGUACCCAAGCACGUGCGACGUUUUCCGCUGACGGCAUACUCAUGAUUACGGUGCCAGCACCACCAAAACUGGACGAUGUGGAGCGAGUGGUGGACAUUGAGCCCACCGGAAACUACUUUGGCAGCAUUUCGGAUCCAAGUGCAGCCAAAGCCAUUGAGCAGGCUUCAGCAAGCGAAGGUGGCGAAGAGAAUCCUGCUGGCACAGCGACGGGCAAAUGAAAUUGACAACGUUUUAUGCAACUGGAAGGGUAUCUUUUGGCAUAAGGGUCCAUCCAAACUCUUUUAGGCCGUCAGAUACAGUCGCUUGGUUUGAAAGAAACGAAGGAUGCGAAUACAAAGAACACUUGAGUAACCACUUAAGCAUCUCAGUCACAGAACACACGCACAGUGGAGAAAUUCCCGAAAAAUAAAUAUGAUUGGAUUCUAAUUUUAGUUAGCACGUAGAAAAAUCGUUAAAACGUAAGCAAAUAUGGCGUGGUCGAUAUUUUUCUGAGUAAGCUUUAGUAAAAUAUCUGAGAGUUGACACUUCCGCGUUUAAUUUUGUUGUAUGCCAAUAAAGGACUUUAUCAAAAAAUGAAUAUUUCUCUUUCGUUGUUUAGCCGAGGGCUAAUCGCAUAAAUG